AUGGAAAAGUACAGCCAGUACCGUGAUAGAGCCACCGGCAUCUCUCCUUUCCUCCCAGUCACGACUCCUCUGUCCGCCAUCACCGCCAUCACUCACUGCGUCAUCUUCCUCUUCCGACUACCAUUCUUCUUCACUCUCGCUCUCAGCUACUUCCUCAUCUUCCAAUACCUCCCACUCCCCGUUGCCGCGCGAAAGAUUGCACUGUGGGCCAUGAUGGCCAUCCCCGGCAUCUGGUGGGUGGACUUGCAGCUCGACGGUGUCAAGCGAGGCACACUGGCCGAUCAGCCGCCCCAACGAUUCCCACACGGAGGCACAGUCAUUGCCGCAAACUUUACGAGCCCUAUCGACGCCGUGUACCUCGCUGCUGUCUUCGACCCGAUCUUUACCAUCUCGUAUCCCGGAACAAGAAAGGUCCAGCGCAUCGGCCUCCUCCAGGCUGUUGUCAUGGCUCUUUCGCCUGUUUACACCUCCGCGCCUGACGAAUCGCAGCUUGUACAUAUAUCUGACCUGCUCCACGAGUAUCCUGACCGCCCUAUUGCCAUCUUCCCCGAAGGAAGCACGACUAACGGUAAGGGUAUCUUGCCUUUCAGCCUUAGCCUGCUUGACACUCCGGCCGAUACGCCUAUCUUCCCCGUUAGCUUGCGUUACACACCCGGCGAUGUUACAACACCUGUCCCUGGCAGAUGGGUCUCGUUUCUCUGGAACCUGCUUUCGCGCCCGACCAGCCUUGUUCGAGUCCGUAUCGCCGAGGCCACGACCAAUACAGCCGCCGCAAAAGCCAACGCUCCCAGUAUAUCGGAGAACGGAUCUAGUGGCUUGCGAAACAGAGCUGGCGGCAUGACAAGCGAGGAGCAAAAGGUUCUCGACCGUAUAGCAGAGGCAUUGGCUCGUCUUGGAAGAGUCAAGCGCGUGGGCUUGACCCUCCAGGACAAGGCUGCGUUUGUCCAAGCCAUCAACAGCAAGAAGGCGUAA